ACAUCUCAAACCCUCCCAAAAUGUCAAACGGAACACCAUACUUUCUACCCGCCGAAAAAGCCCAGGGUCUAGCAAACUACCCGCACGCCCGCUUCGCACCCACAACCGCACACCGCACCCUCUACGUCUCCGGCACCUCCUCCCGCCGCGGCGACGGCACCUGGGACGGCGUGACCGAACACGCAGACGGGACCUGGACACUUGACAUUCGCGCCCAAACCGCCGCAGUACUCCGCAAUAUCGAGUGCAUCAUCCAAGGCGCGACGGACGGCCGCGGCGGGCUGCAGAAUAUCGUCGACGCGACGGUUUUCCUGAUCGACCUGCCGGAGAAUUACAGCGGGAUGAAUGAGGAGUGGAACAAGGUCUGGCCGGAUCGGGCGAAUGCGCCAGCUAGAACAACCAUUGGGGUUAAGGAGCUGCCGAAUCCGAGGUUAUUGGUGGAGAUUAAAUGUACAGCUGUCGUGGAACUAUGAGACCAUGUAUCUAGAUCUUGACAGACUAGACGGAAGGGAUAUGCAACGUCCGCACAUUAGUAAAUACAUCCCGGCUAUAGUCGCCUCCCUCCCGUCCUGUACCCGACGCCUUCAUCCCGCCGAACGGCGUGCCCAGUUCGCGUACCAGCCAGCAAUUCACCCACACCAUUCCUGCGUCCAGCCGCUCGCCCACCCGGCGCAUGCGAGCU